UGGUCAAAUUCCAAUUGUCUUUUUCCAGAGAUGGUUUACAUUGGUUUUACCACCGAGAGAAUGGCGAAGUCAGGAUGUUUAUUGGGACGCCGCUCGUCAACACUGUGGCAAAACAUUACCUUGAGCGGACUGUCACGGCAAGCUUCGUGCGCUUUUGGCCCAAAGAAUGGGUUGGGAGACCCAAUAUGCGGGUUGAAUUAUACGGAUGCCAGGUGUACUCGAGAUCUGUUGAUUUCUCAAACCUGACUAGUAUGGCAGACGGUUAUCCUAAUUUUUAUACUUGCGACGGAUCUGUUUUAACGCCCUGGCACGGACGUUUGGCGAUACACAACAACUCCCAUGAUGGCCCCGGAUCAGCAUGGUGUGCAAAAAGCAAUGAAACAAACAACAACCAGUUCCUUCAAAUAGAUUUGAAAAUGACCAAAGUUAUUCAGGCCAUCGCAGUUCAAUCUCAUUUACCAGGGGACAAAUGGGUGAAAACUUUUAGCAUUAGUUCCAGUCUUGAUGGGCUGUUUUGGAAGCAAUACACAGAAUGGGGAAACGUGAAGGUAUUUAAUGGGAACACACAUCGACAUAGUUUGGUCAAAGUGAGUAUUAAAUAUAAUCUCCGUGCAAGAUAUCUUCGUUUUCACCCAAAAACCUGGAACAACCACCCUUGUUUAAGGCUGGAAGUAUUUGCUAAAGAAGACUGCAUUGAUCCCCUGGGAAUGGAGAGUGGUCAAAUAUCUGAUAAGGAUAUUACAGCGUCAAGUGCUUUGAGGGUGAAUUACGAACCUUGGCUGGCCAGGUUGCACAGUCGGCUAGGAGAAGGUGGAUGGUGUGCAGGGAGAAGCGAUGAGAAUCAAUAUUUGGAGGUUGAUUUGAAACACCCGUACCACGUGAGACGAGUAGCAACGCAAGGAAAGUAUUCAGUACACGGAUGUACUAUCCAGGACGCAUGGGUUACAAGCUACAUGAUGCAGUUCAGACGUGAUUCACUGGACUGGUGGAACUACACCGAAAAUAACGCCAUAAGGGAUUUCUCUGGAAAUAUCAAUACCACCCAUGUUGUCACUCAUCAUUUAAAGAACCCUGUCAUUGGUCGCUAUGUGAGAUUUCGUCCUAUAAACUGGUUCCGAAGAAUUUGCAUGAGGGUAGAAAUAUAUGGAUGCAAAGCUUGUUUCCAACCUUUGGGAAUGGAAGACUUCUCAAUACCGAGCAAGAACGUUGAUUCUUCUGUAGCCUCAAACAUAUACAACGUAAGACUGAACUAUGCACAAAGAAACCAGUUCGUCGGAGGGCGAGACAAAUUUAUCUUACAGAUCGACUUAGGGCAUUUUAAGACUGUCGCUGCAGUCGCUACACAAGGCAGAUAUCGUGGAUCGCAUUUUGUUAGAAUCUAUCGACUGGCGUUUAGCAGACUUGAGGGUGAAUGGUUUUAUUACAAAGAAAAUGGAGAAGUAAAGGAAAUACAAGGCAACACUAAUGCUGACGGAACAGUUCUAAAAAUCCUGCAUUAUCAAGUUGUCGCCCGUUAUGUCCGUUUUGUGGCAGUAGAGUGGGUCGAUAAUGUUUGCUUGAGGGUGGAAAUUUACGGUUGCGAAGCCUGGUCAGAUCCCCUUGGAAUAGGAUCAGGAUUAAUAAGCAAAAGCAAAAUGACCUCAUCCAGUACCUCAGGACCUGGGCAUGAGCCAUGGUUGGCAAAAUUAAAUACUGUGUUUGAUACCAUGGGCUGGUGUGCUGCCCCUUCUGAUACAUCACCUUACCUCCAGAUAAACAUGGGACGAGUUGUAUCUCUAACCCAAAUCGCGGUGACAGGAAAGAGCGGUAAAGGAAUGGUGUGGAAAUUUAAGUUUUCUUUAAGCGUCGAUGGUGGCUUCUGGCGCAUUUAUAAGACAGUCUCUGGAGAAAAGACGUUUAUAGCAGCUACAGAUUACUCACAAGCAUUCAAGUUCUCGAUAGAUUUGGAAGUUAAAGCGCAAUUUUUCAGGUUCCUCCCUGAGGAAUGGACUGAUUUGCCUUGCAUGAAUGUGGAGUUGUAUGGUUUUGAUGAAUGCACGAUGCCUCUAGGACUGACGGAGUGGAUUAUACCCAAGGAAGCCAUGACGGCAUCCAGCUCGCUUGGAACAAACUAUGCACCUUGGAUGGGAAGACUAGGUGCCAUGGAAGGUGGUGGAGCAUGGUGCGCUAAAAAUAACGACAACAUGCAGCAUCUGCAGAUUGAUCUGGGUUACGUGAGAAAAGUACGGAGUUUGCAAAUUCAAGGAAAAGAAGGAAUUAGUAGACAUCCUACUUUGGAGAGCGCAUGGGUGAAAAACUUUACUCUAUCUCAUAGCGUGGAUGGAAUAACUUGGACAGAUCAUAAAGAAGAUGGUAGUUUGAAGGUAUUUCCUGGCAAUUCUGAUCCCCACGAGGCUAGAACUGUGGUUAUGGAAGUUUCGAUUAUUGGACGCCAUUUUAGAAUUUUCCCCAAAUACUUUCAUCGUCACAUUUGUAUGCGAUUGGAGCUAUACGGAUGCCAAGCUUGUGAAAGUCCCCUUGGAAUGGAAAACCAUGACAUUCCAGACUAUGCAUUAGUCGCAAGUGGUACAUAUUAUGACCCAAUCCAUGCUCGAUUAAACAAACCAGAUUAUUUUCUUUUACCUGUAAAAAAGGACGAGUAUGUUCAGGUGGACACUGGGCCUGGAGGCAAAUCAGUGACUGCUAUAACAGUGCGAGGGAAUUUUGCUUCCUCUAAUAUUGAAUGGAUUAGCAAAUUUGUUCUAAACUACAGUAGGAGCGGGUGUGAAUUUUUCUCUUACAUGGAGGAUGGAAACAUGAAGAUUUUCCAAACUCCUUCGGAUAAUCGUUUUUAUGCUACAAGGUACCGAUUACAGCACAACAUCACAGCUAGGUACUUUCGGGUUGUGUUAAAAGACUGGAUUAACCGUCCAUUUAUUCAGUUGGAACUCUACGGCUGUGAAGCAUGUUCAAAGUCGUAUGGUAUCGGAAAUGAUCCCUUACCAGUUUCAACUUCGUCAGCUUCUAGUAGUAGGCAUGGACACAAGCCGGAAAAUGCACAAAAUUUUACUGACACAUGUUCCUGGUGCGCUGAACAGGCGAAAGGAAAUGAAAACCUCCAACUUGACUUUGGAAAGACGGUCGUAUUGACUGGUAUUGCAACAAAAGGUCACCAUAGCAACGACGAAUAUGUGUCACAAUUUGAGCUUGAAUACAGUGUGGACUGUGCUAAUUGGUUUACUUACACUCGUUCGUUCAGACUUGAAGACACGAGAACCCAACUUUCCGCGAAUGUAGACAACGCAAGUGUUCGGAAGAUUGGUUUCUUGUACGAGCUCAAAGCUCGUUAUUUGAAGAUUGUCGCUAAAGCCUGGCAUAAUGGAAUCUGCCUCCGGGUACAAGUAUUUGGUUACAAAGGUUGCGACAAAGACCUGGGCAUGGAAUCUUCACUGGUUAGCAAUAAUUCUAUAAACGCCUCCAGUUAUCUUGGUGAAGGUUACGAGCCAUGGAAUGCUCGUCAUAAUCGCCAUCAUGGAAAAGGUGCGUGGUGUGCUGGUCAAAAGGCUACGGAUGAGUUCAUUCAAGUGCAAUUCAACCAGAUUCACGUCAUUGCACGAGUUUCGUUACAGAAAAAAGAGAAAACUUCUCCUGAAGAUACAGUUGGGAAGGCCUGGGUGACCAAGUUCAUACUUGCUUAUAGCGAGGAUGGUGUCAGCUGGUCGGAGUACUCUGAUGGCAGUGGAGUUAAGGAGCUCACUGGUAACAAAAUACAUGCCCUUGCCAACACGGUGCGUGCUCAAUUUGUACGGAUCGUAGUUAAGGAAUGGUACAACCACAUCUGCCUAAGGAUGGAACUCUACGGUUGCCAAGCUUGUUUGGAGCCACUUGGAGUGGAAAACUUCCACAUUCCGGAUUCAUCCUUUUCCAGCUCUCCCAAUUAUUUGAGACUACCCAAACGGGCUCGCCUGGGAUAUUACAAAAAUGAUAUGUGGGCUGCGAGAAAUAAGAAUCUCGACCAGUUUUUACAGAUUGAUUUAGGUGAAAGGAAAACUAUUACAGCUAUCGCAACUCAAGGAAAUUCUCACACGUAUAAAGACUCUCGUUUAAGAGAGUAUUACAUACAGUACAGCGACGAUAGCUCCAACUGGCUGGACUACACAUUUGAGGGCCAACAAAAAGUAUUUGAUGGUUACAAAACGCAGGGGGCUGAUAUAAGAAGGAAGUUUUUUCCUCAGGCCAUAAAAGCGAGGUACAUCAGACUACGAGCCACUAAAUGGUACGAUUAUAUUGCCACCAAAUUGGAAAUUUACGGUUGUGAAGCUUAACCACGUGAAGUUAGAGGCCGAGAGGAAAAUAGUCAUGCUCAAUCAGUGAGACGACACUAGUAUUGUCAGAUUCUGUCACAAUGCAACAACUCUACAUUCUUGUUUUCAUUUACAACGGGAUACAUCAAUAUAGUUAAAUUCCUGAGUAUUCGAUGAAGAUAAUACUUUUAUUCGUUAGGGCACAUAAAUUACACUGACCGUGUGAAUUCUUAGGCAGGUCUGACGUUUUUGAUACCUAUGGUUACAGUGCAAAUAGGUCCAAUAAAUGUAAAUGCAGAUCCUGUACAAGAUUUUUUUUUGAUAGAAUUAAUAGACUUAAGAAUUUCUUAAUUUUCUUUGGCUGUACGGGUGCAAUAAAAAUAAGUUCCUAGACAAUCAGGGCGCUUGUAGUAUCUCAUUUUAUCAAAAAGAGA